AUGCUAGCCGAUAUUCGACAAUUAAAUCCAUUUCUCGAAAUGAUCGCUCGAGAAGAAUUGCAUGAAGAUAAAGAAAAGAUUGAAGAUUAUUUGAAAGCUCUCAAAGAAUGGAUUGAAAAGUCUCCACAUCUAAAAGCUCGAACCGAUGAUCAAUUUUUGGUGGCAUUUCUGCGUGGUUGUCAAUACAGUCUCGAAGCGACAAAAAAAAAGCUCGACACAUUUUACACACUGAGAACUCACAUACCAGAGCUUUUAUCCAAUAGAGAUCCCAUGGAUAUAAAGCUUCGAGAAGUCAUAAAGCUCGGAAUUGGAAUUCCCCUUCCACUUACUGAAACACCAGGAUCACCUCGUAUUUUCCUGAUUCGUCAUGGAAUUUACGAUGCGAAUAUGUUCACUCUUCACGAUGUCAUGAAAGUGUCAACAAUGAUAAAUGAUAUUCUUCUGAGAGACGAUGACAAUUUUGUUGUGGCGGGUCAAAUCGGCAUUUUAGAUUUGUCUGGUGUGAGUUUCAAACACUUCGCUCAAUAUAAUCCUGGAUUUAUUAAGAAAAUGACUUUGCUUAGUCAUGAUGGAUCACCAAUUAGACAUCGAGCUUUUCAUUACAUUAACACACCUCCUGGCUUCGAUAAUGUUUUUACUGUCUUUAUGUCGUUAAUGAAUGAGACAGAUCGAAACUCUGUAAGUUAUCAUGACUUAGAGUCUCUCUUCAAAAUAAUUCCAAGAAGAAUUAUGCCAUUCGAGUAUGGUGGCGAGGCUGGCCCACUCCAAGAAAUCAUCGAUGAUUGGGAAAAGAAAAUCUUAUCGUAUCGAAUGUAUUUUCAAGAAGACGAAGAACAGUUUGGAGUUGAUGAGUCAAAACGAAUCGAUCGUUCAAAUAAUGCUGAAUCAUUAUUUGGGGCUGAAGGAAGCUUCAAUCAAUUAAAUUUUUAUUGA